GUUUCAUCGCCACAACAGACUUAUAUGAAGCAUGAAUUCAUGGUGGACAUGGAACGAAUGAAGUCGAUCAGCGUUAUUCAAUGCAACGAUCCGAUGCCUCACGUUACUCUGAUGGCCGUUCACUUCACGACGGUGGCUAACGAGAAGAAAGAGAAUGAGGUUGAUGAUCAAUUCAUAUGA